AUUUCGCUGCUCGUGGGUCCGUGCUAGGGUUUAACGUUUAAGACGAGGAGGAGGAGGUUUCCCCGGCGGCGGCGGCGGCGGCGAAAUCCAAACCCAGCCAUGGAGGAGAAGCCGAGCCUCUCGUCGGCGCUGUUCGCCGGCACCCGCUUCGACCGCAAGCGCUUCGCGGGGGACAUCGCACGGUUCCGGACGGGCGCGCAGCCUGCUGCCCCCGCUCCCACGACCCCCGACGCGGCGCCGCCGGGCCCGGAGAAGAAGCGGAAGCGCAAGAGCAAGGCCAACGCGAAGAAGAACAGCAAGAAGAAGAAGAAGCGCGCCGACGGGGCCGCCUCCGCGUCCGAUGCUGUGGAGGGGUUCAGCGUGUUCAAAGGGGCGGAGGCGAAGGAGGCUGCGGAGGAGUCUGUGGAGGUUGAGGUUAGGGAGGACGAGGACUCGGCCGUCGUGAGGCGGCGGAAGGAGGCAGAGAGGGAAAUCGAGAGAGCUGCCAUUCUUCGGAAGAGGUAUGACAUCCACAUUUCGGGACAUAAUGUUCCAGCACCACUGGAGAGCUUUGAAGAACUGGUUUCAAGGUAUGACUGUGAUUCAUAUUUGGUUGGGAACUUGUCAAAACUUGGGUUUCAAGAACCUACACCUAUCCAGAGGCAGGCCAUUUCUAUUCUUCUUUCAGGCAGGGAGUGCUUUGCUUGUGCACCUACAGGCUCUGGCAAGACACUGGCAUUCCUGCUCCCGAUGCUUAUGAAAAUCAAGCCAGGGUCUAAAGGAUGUGUGAAGGCUGUUAUUCUUUGCCCGACAAGGGAAUUGGCAGCACAGACUACGAGAGAGUGCAAGAAGUUGGCAAAAGGGAGGAAGUUUGGUGUCAAACUAAUGACCAAAGAUCUGUCACAAGAUGGCAAUUUCAAGGAUAUGCACUGCGACAUCCUUGUAUCCACCCCACUUCGUUUGGACCAUGCUAUACGAAAGAGAGACCUUGACUUAAGUAGGGUGGAGUACCUUGUGUUGGAUGAAUCUGAUAAACUUUUUGAGCUUGGAUUCGUCGAAGUAAUUGAUUCAAUUGUCAAAGCAUGCUCAAACCCUUCAAUAAUUCGUUCUUUGUUUAGUGCCACAUUGCCUGAAACAAUAGAGGCUCUUGCACGUACAAUAAUGCAUGAUGCUGUUCGGAUCAUUGUGGGACGAAAGAAUUCAGCUUCCUCAAUGAUCAAGCAAAGGUUGAUUUUUGCUGGAACGGAGAGGGGGAAGUUGAUAGCUCUUCGCCAAAGCUUUGCAGAAUCUCUGAAUCCUCCGGUAUUGGUCUUUGUUCAAAGCAAAGAGAGGGCAAAAGAGCUCUACAGGGAGCUGGUAUAUGACGACAUUAGAGUUGAUGUAAUUCAUGGAGACCUUACUGAAGAGCAGCGUCAAGAUGCUGUUGACAACUUGAGAGCUGGAAAAAGCUGGGUGCUAAUAGCAACAGAGGUUCUUGCGCGGGGAAUGGAUUUCAAAGGUGUCAACUGUGUAAUCAACUAUGAUUUCCCUGAGUCCGCGUCUGCCUACAUUCACAGAAUAGGACGGUCUGGAAGAGCAGGCAGAUCAGGGGAGGCGAUCACGUUCUUCACGGAGGAGGACAAGCCUUUCCUGCGGAACAUCGCCAACGUGCUGGUAUCUUCGGGCUGCGAGGUCCCUUCGUGGAUGGUGGCGUUGCCCAAGCUCAAGAGCAGGAAGCACAGGGUGGACAGGGACCGCAUCUCCUUUUUAACCGACGAAGAUUGAGAGUGAUCUUGUGUAACCGUAACAAUUUUGUAGAGAUGACACGUUUGGCCUCGGUUUUCCCCGUUUGAAUGCCUGGUGCGUGCAUCAUUCAGCUUUCCUGACUAAAACCUGAUAUGGGCGUAUGCAUCCGAGCAUAUCUUUUGUGAUUUGCUACAGUUUUAGUGCACUGGCUGUACGACUGUCAUUUCACUCCUAAUCACAACUCGUCGGCUGAUUUUUCAA